AUGAAAUUAACAGCGCAAAUUUGCAUUAAGCAGGAGCUGGAUGGUGAAGAUGCAAGACUUGCGGAUUACUUUGACGUUAUUGCGGGAACAAGCACGGGUGGUCUCAUAACUGCGAUGUUGGCUGCCCCGAUGAAAACAACCGUCCUCUCUUUGCAGCCAAGGACAUUACCUAUUUUUAUCUCCAGCAUGGCCCUAAGAUCUUCCCUCAAAAAGGGUACAUUGACUGUAUUUGGAUCAAUCAGAAAUACGUUGGCCCUGUUAAUGGGACCCAAGUACAGUGGAAAAUAUCUUCAUGGUGUCAUAAGGGAGAAGCUUGGGGAGACCCGGUUGCAUCAGACCUUGACCAAUGUUGUCAUCCCCACCUUCGAUAUCAAGAACUUGCAGCCCACCAUUUUUACCAAUUACGAGGUGAAAAAAUCAAAAUGCUUGGAUGCCCUUCUAUCUGAUAUCUGCAUCAGCACAUCCGCUGCUCCAACCUAUCUUCCAGCCCACUACUUCACCAACCAGGACGAUGAUGGAAAUGUUAGAGAAUUCAACCUCAUUGAUGGUGGUGUUGCUGCAAAUAACCCGGCUUUGGUUGCAAUAAGCCAAGUGACCAAGAAGAUAUUUGAGCAAGACCCAGACUUCUUCCCCAUCAAGGACAUGGACUAUGGUCGAUUUUUGGUGAUAUCAAUAGGCACUGGCUCUGCAAAGGUGGAGAAGAAGUACAACGCAAAAAUGGCAGCCAAAUGGGGAGUCUUGGGUUGGUUGAUUCAUGGAGGCUCCACCCCACUAGUUGAUGUGUUUACUCAAGCAAGUGCUGAUAUGGUUGAUUUUCACAACUCCGUUUUUUUCCAAGCUCUUCAUUCCGAAAACAAUUACCUUCGAAUCCAGGAAGAUACGUUGAGUGGGAAGGAUGCUUCGGUUGAUGUGUCCACCAAGGAGAACUUGGAAAAGCUGGUUGAAAUCGGAGAGAGGUUGUUGAAGAAGCCGGUUUCGAGGGUGAACUUGGAGAUGGGCCUCUUCGAACCAAUUGAAAACAGUGGCACGAAUGAAGAUGCUUUGAAAAGGUUUGCAAAACUGCUUUCGGAUGAAAGGAAGCUUCGAGAGCUGAAAUCGCCACUCACCAAGAAUGGCUAG